AUGUAGAAAGACAAAAAUUUAAAAUUUUGUAUACAUGCUGUAUACUUAAUAUGGUAGCAAACAUUUUAUUAUUAAAUUAGCUUAUCCUUUAUUAUAAUGAUGGCUUAAGAUUGUAACUUUACAUAACUUUAAGCAUAUGGUGUUCCUCAAUCGUUUUAGGUUUUGCUAACUUUCACUAUUAUGGCAAUAGAUAAAUAGGAAAUUUAUUUUUUAUUGUAUUUGUAAUAUUCCGAAGUGAGUGGAUAACAUGCGCUUAGUCAAUUAAAUAAUAAGCAAAAUAUGAAAUAAUACAGAUGCUUUUUAUUGUGUUUCCAGUGA